CGACAUUAUUAAUCCGUAAAUAAAAAUUUAGCACUCGUUUGCCGAGAAUAUCAUUUGAAAAAAUUUAGUCAAUUCGAAAUUGAAUAACUGAAUGUAAAGUUCGAUACAGAGCUUAUACAAUACGCAGAAACACCGACCGCGCGAAUAUUUCUGCAUAAGUUCAUUUUGACUUUUAUUCUCUAUGAUAAACCUUCACCUUCCAUUCAAGCUAUAAAGAUCUCUAAAACUGACUCUCCAUUUGCAAUCGGUUCGUUGCUUUAAUUUUGCAAAUCGAGCUCAAUAUUGAAACGCGUACGAGUAUCAUCCCAAGAAGAAUCUUGAUCAUCGACUGCAGCUGCGGAUUAAUUCGCAGAUUAUUCUCCUGCUCUCUUUCUCUUGCAGAUCUCUACGAUGCCUCGAGUUGAUAAGAUACCACAUUUAAUCAUCAAGGUCCAAUUUGAGAUUGGUCGCUUAUAUCGCCGCGCGCGCAACGCACCAAUGUAGAAUCUUAUCGCUUGCUAUUCGCACGUUGGAUUCGAUUCGCAGCAAUCGAGCCCUCGCAACUCGCAACAAUCGGGUCCGCCUUAUCAAUUCGCCUCCUUUCUUGGCUUGCUUGGCGAGCUGACAGAUACGAGUCAUAACAAAGAUAAUGCACCCACGAGCGCGCCGCAGCUCCGUACUUAUACGCUUCGUACUCGUUAUUAUUAUUUUUUCUUCUUCUUUUUAGCAUCGGUGCUUCGAGUACAUUAUUUUCAGCGCAUCAACCCUACUCUCGGCCUGCAGUAAUCUCCUUCGUUGCAGAGAACGUGUUUGUGAUAUAGCUGUAUAUUAUACACGAUGUGAGUUGGUGUGCGUGUGUGUGCUAUACGGUGGGACAGCAGUUGGCUCGUCGAGUAGCAGCAGCAGCAGCACAUAUACAAACACUGCAUGUGGGGGUAAAAACAAGUCGUGCACGACACGUCACCGGCGGCAUCGUGUGUAUAAUAUAGCCGCAGCUCGGAGCAGCCAACAACUUUUGCCUCAACUUAUAAUGUUCCAGGCACACAUCUGAGGAGCGACAAAUUACAUAUAUGCGACUGCUGCGCUGGCGUGUAGUACUACGUUUGCCGGAUCUCUCGAGCCGCGAGCUUGUACUAAUAAAAAUUGCCUAAUUUCAUAAUAAUAUAUUUUUACAACGAGUUUUUUUCUUUUAUUUUUGGGUUUUAACGCUAGUUGUCUACGUUACGUUUUCCGCGAGCUACGAGCGUCGUUUUAUACUCGAAACACAAAGUUUGAGAAGGUGAUUUAAAACUCGCAUGUCGUAAUAAGACCGGUGUGUUUGUUUUGAUGCUGUGAACGCCGCACAUGUGCCGGAGCAACGGGCGAUCCAAACUAUAAGCGAACAAAUAUUUUUACUGUAUUUUACACUCGUGCCACGAGCGUAAAAAAGCGAAUUGCAGCAGCCACAAUUGGCAAACUAAUUGCAGAGAAAAUGACCUCAACGCUAAUUCGCCGGAUUCUGAAAUUCGGAGCCAAGCUGCAAGAUCAAUUAUUGAAGCAGCAGAGUCGACACGCGUCGAUCAAUACUAUUCAACAUUACUUCCCGGCACCGAAAAAGGGUGAACACAUAAUCGAUUCACCCUUCGGCCAGUUGUCUUAUCCGGAGAUGCCCAUUCACGAAUACGUUUGGGAAACGUUGCAGAGCUACUCUCACAUGAUAGCCACGGAGUGUGGCGUAACGGGAAGGAAAUAUACGUACGCGCAAGCGAGAGACUACUCGAGCUACAUAGCGCGGAGUCUCUUGGACAUGGGCUUGAAGCCGGGCGACGUCUUGGCCAUUAUCUUGCCAAAUCUGCCAGAGAGUCCCAUCGCUUUUCUGGGCUGUCUCGAGGCCGGAAUCGUCAUCACCACGGUCAAUCCAAUUUACACAGUUGAUGAAAUAUCCAAGCAGUUGAUAUCGUCGGGCGCAAAAGCCGUUAUCACGUCGACAGAAAUAGCCGAGACAGUAAAAAGCGCAAUGAAGCAGAGCAUGCCCGGGGCUAAAUUGAUCGUGGUCGACGAUCAGGUAAAUUCGAUGCCCAGCGAUGCCAUUCCAUUCGAGGAUCUCAUUACAAAAGGAAAAACGCUUUCUGUCCCGAGCUCGAGAGACUUUGCAUUCGAUAACGUGGCAGUUUUACCGUACUCCAGCGGCACGACUGGCCUGCCGAAAGGAGUAAUGCUGUCGCAUCGCAAUAUUGUGGCAAAUUUAAAAAUGAUGGCGGACACUCUGAAGGACGAUGUUCUUGUACCAUCCAAUGGAGUAUUUCAACAAAUAAUCCCUGUGAUAUUGCCUAUGUAUCAUAUUUAUGGCAUGGUUACCGUCAUGCUCUCGAAGAUGACAACCGGUGGCAAGUUGAUUACUUUACCAAAGUUCACGCCCGAAUCGUAUGUCAGGGUAUUGGAGCGUAAUCCAGUGACGGAAUUGAUGCUGGUCCCGCCGAUCGUUUUGUUUUUGACCUCCUCCAAGUUGGUCAAGAAACAUUUCCUCGAUCACGUCACGUACAUUACUAGUGGGGCUGCGCCUCUGUCCGACACCGACGUGGAAAGAUUUUACGAGAAAUUCUCCAUCGCUCGCGACAAGCUCAAAUUUCGACAGGGCUACGGGAUGACAGAGUCGUCGCCUGUGUCGCUGUACGAGAAAACCGGCACAAAGUACUCGAGCAUAGGGCGACCCAUUUGCGGUUGCCAAGCCAGGUUGGUCGACCCUAUUACGAAGAAAGAUGUUACUACGCCGAGGCAAACUGGUGAAUUAUGGAUUCGUGGCCCGCACGUGAUGAAGGGCUAUUUGAACAAUCAGAAGGCAACGGAAGAGACUCUGCAGGACGGAUGGUUACUGACCGGUGAUAUUGCCUACUUCGACGAAGAUUCGGAUUUCUUCAUUACCGACCGAUUGAAAGAGCUCAUAAAAGUCAAAGGUUUCCAGGUGGCACCAGCGGAACUCGAAGCUUUGAUAAGAACACAUCCCAACGUUGAAGAAGCAGGUGUCGUGGGAAUACCUGACGAUAGAAGCGGAGAAGUACCCAUGGCUUUCGUAGUUCUGAAAGAAAAGGGUGCAACGAAAACAGAGGAAAUACAGGAUUUUGUGAAAGGCAAAGUUUCGGAAUUCAAAGAGCUUCGAGGAGGAGUGCAAUUCGUAGACAGUCUACCGAAGAAUCCAUCAGGAAAAAUUUUACGAAAGAAACUGAAAGCCUUACUCGAAUAAGUUUUUGUAGAACUGUGAUAUACAUUUUUGAAUUUUUCAAUUUUAAUCUGAAUAACGCACAAUAUUCGCACAAUUGUUAGUUUAUACGUAAUCAUAUACUUUGUAGUACGUACAAAAAACCUGUAUGCAAUAUUUUUCUUUGCAAUCUAAUCAUUGUAAGUGCCAAUUUCGUAUCAAUGAAACUUUUGUUCAUUGCUUAUGGUUAUGCUAAUGCCAGGCUCAAAACGAAUAUUUAUACACUCGUUUUCUUAAUUAUUUGAAAGAAAUGUUUCUAUAAAGGUUCGUGAAUGACUUUGUUUUGUUCUUUUAUAAACAUACUCGUAUGAAAAAUGCGAAAAAAAUAUUUUGUAGAAAUUAUAGAAAACGUGUAAGAAAAUUUUUAUUUUUACCUUGAUCGAUUACGGUAUUUCUUAAACAAUAAAUCUAGAAUAUAAAUUAUUUUA